AUGAUUUAAUAUCCUUUCUUCAAUUUACCACCAAAAUCUCAUCAACCAAUAACAAACAUAUAAAGAAAAUUAUUAAAAGAUUAAUAUGAAUUACUUUAAAAAGAUUUGGGAUAAGGAACUUAUGGAAAAGUAAAGUUAGCCAUAAAUAGAGUUAACAAUAAGAAAUGUGCAAUUAAAAUAGUAACUAUAAUAUUAAUUAUAAUAGAUCUCAAAAAAUUAUAUAAAUUAAUACAAUGCUAAAUAACAUAUUGACAAUGAGAUUAAUUAUCUAUAAUGUUGUAAACAUAAAAACAUUGUUGAAUUUAUAGAUAAGUUUGAAGACAAAGAAAAUGUUUAUAUUGUUUUGGAAUAUUGUUAAAAUGGAACCCUAUAUGAUUUGAUUAAAAAGAAAAAGGUUUUCAGUGAAGAUGAAGCUUUUACUUACUUCUAUUAGAUUGCUUAAGCUAUACAAUAUCUACAUGAAAAAGACAUUGUUCAUAGAGACAUCAAAUCAGAUAAUAUUUUGUUAUAGAAUAACACAGUCAAAUUAUGUGAUUUUAAUUGGUCAAUAUAUUUACCAAAUGGAGGCAAAGCUAAACCUUGUAUUUGUGGAACUACUGAAUAUAUGCCUCCUGAAGUUAUAAAAAAAUUGAAACAUGACAAAGGAGUAGAUGUAUGGGCACUUGGAAUCUUAUUACAUGUAAAAAUUAUUAUACAAAAAAUAGUAUAUGCUACAUGGGGAAUUACUAUUUAAAUCAAAGUGUAAGGAAGAAUUACAUGAGAAGAUAUGUAAUAAAUAAAUGAUUAAAUUUAAUGAAAACUUAUCUAAUGAAUGUAAAUAAUUAUUACAGUAAAUGCUUGCUCAUACAAAACGAUUUAAUAUUUAGUAAGUUUUGAAUUCUGAAUGGAUAAUUAAAAUGCUUACUACUAAAAAUAUAUCACAUCCCUUAGAAUUAACUCCUAUUAAAAAUAGAUCCAGUGCAUAUGAAUUAACUAAAUUUAGUGUCAUUUCAGAAUCCACUUGUUUCUCUAGUUCAAAAUUCACUACUAAAUCUUAUGAUAUUGAAUCUCCAUGUAAAUAAUCAAAUAAUUGGGUAAAUUAAACAUUCUAACCUUAAUAACCUUUGAAAGUUAAUAGCACUGCCUUAGAUCAAAAUAUUACUGCUUUCAGAGUUGAAAAAAGAUAAUUUGACUGA